UGAGUAAGAUGGAACUGUACUGUCACGACUGACAGAAGGUUACUACCAAGAUAGUCUUUGAUGCAGAAUAUACAAGGCAUGAGGUUACUUGAGGUAAUUGUGACAGUGACUUUAUUGAGAUUACUGAUCAAGAGUAUGAUGUUGAGCUUGAAAUUGAGUUGUUGGAGAGACGAUUGCUUGGGCUACUUGGAGUAGAAAAUAGUGAAGGGGAGGAAGAUAAAGAGGUAAAUGAAGAGGAAAAGGAGGUAAGAGAUCCACCUGACUCUGUUGUAACUAGUCUUGAUCCUCAACAAUCAGAAUGCAACUGACGUUUAUGUCAGAUAAAUAACCGGGAAAAUACCUCGAAUAAUUCUUGUACAUGACCUGAGUGAAGGAAUGAACAAACCCAAGAUCUUACUAAUCAGAUUACUCAGAAUCCCUUUUCCAGAAGAGAGCGACCUCAGCAGGACUUCUAAUCCUUUUCGUGUUUCUAAUAGAAAUCAGAGACCAAGAGAAGCAACUUCAAACGCUCUAGACCCCCAAAUAAGAGUAGCAAUUUUAAGAAGAGAGCCUCCGAGAAAUAGUCAAGAAAUUCGAGCAGAAGCGGAUCCUUUUCCUUCUAAUGAUUUCAUUAAUGACUUUAUCUCAAACAUGACAAGGAAUAGACACUUUAUACCUUCUGCCCUAGCUGCUCCUUUGGGAGGUUCUAUGAGCAUCCAGCAGAUUGGUCCGGAUGACCACAUCCAGAUCAAUUUCCGGAGGAGUUAUAUUAGUGAUUAUACAACUCUUAGGAGAUUGUUAUUCCCAAUGGACUUAAGGAUAGUUUUUGGAAAUAUAUUUUCUCGAUUGAACCAGUUCUCUAUCACUAACCAACAACAACCCCGAGUUCCAACUGAAGAAGCCGUGAAUGGACUGGAAAGGGUCACUAUAUCCGAAAGUCACCAGACUAAAAAUUCUGAGACUGGGAAAAAUGAAUAUCCAAAUUGUACUGUUUGACUUAACGAUAUGAAGAUCUCUGACGAAGCAAUUUACAUGCCAUGCAGGCACCUUUUUCAUAAAGACUGCCUUCUCCCUUGGCUCCAGAGCAAUUAUAAAUGCCCCACCUGUAGACAUGAGCUCCCUACAUCUUAAUAUAUCUUCCAAUUUGCCUAAAA